GAUAGAAACAAAACCACUGUAUACUGGGCCCGAGAAGGAAGUGUGAAGAGUUUACCUAAUGAUUUCUGUCUAACCAUGCCACCAAAUGUUAGGAUUGAGUUUAGUGUACUCUUGAAAUAGUAAUAUUUUUGUCUAUAGCAAGUUUGUGCUGAACAUUCUUGCGAGAUGAACUCCAAUAUGAAAGUGGUUAUGAACGACAGAAAGUAUUUCAUGGUAGUGAUAAACACAUUAGUGUUGAUGAGUUGUGGAGAUCAUGGAAGGUGUCUGAAGUACACAACUGGACGGUAGAAGAAACGGUGCAGUGGCUAGUGGCGUAUGUAGAUCUGCCUCAGUACGCCCAAACGUUUCGAGAUAAUGCUGUGGACGGUUCUGCCUUACCAAGGAUGGCAGCAAAUGAUGUAAACUUUAUGAUGUCUGUGUUGGGUAUAAAAGAUGCUAUUAACCGACAAAAGUUAGCUCUAAAAGCAAUGGAUGUGGUCCUCUUUGGACCCCAAAGAUACCACAACUACAUAAAAGACAGUUUCCUGGUGUUGUCACUAGUGGUUGCCAUUGUUGGCUAUUGGUUUGCCUAUGUUCAGCAAAAGUACUCCAAAACACAUCUUCAGAAGAUGAUGAAAGACAUGGAGAGUCUUCAGAAUGCUGAGGAAGCUCUUUUGAAACUGCAAAAAGAGCUAGAUAAAGCUCGUCAGGAACAAGAAAUUGUAGCUAUUGAAAAAGAAAAUCUUGAGAGAAUGCUUAAGGAUGAGAUCGGUGCACCUAGGAAACAAGAAGAGGAUAUUGAUAAUGAGGACGUGGACAGGUUGCAUCAGUUAGAAGAAGAGCUGGAACACACACGGGAGGAACUCAGAGAAGCAGAGAAAGCAAUAGAGUCGAGGUCUUUGGCUCCUCCUCUGGCUCUUCAACAUUGGCUUCAGCUAACUCAUGAACUUGAACUCAGACAUUAUAGUGCAAAGAAGGCUGCAGCAGAACACCAAUUAUCAGCUGCUAAAGAAGGAGUAAGUUAGAUUCUGUAUAAUCCCUAUCACUAAACUGAAACUUGCAUCACUAUAAAAACAAAGUUUCAAAUUCUGUGUCUUGGGAAAUCAAA